CACUCCCCAUAGUUUGGACCCUCUCCGCUUCCCGUCCGCCUGAGGGUGACCGAGCGGCAGAGAGCAGGUGGCGUUCCAGAAGGUGGUGGCGGGGCACGGUCGUUGCGGUAGCCGCCUGCCUUCCUCCCCUUCAUAAGAUGGCGGCGUGUGCUCCUCCGUCUCAGCAGUUCUGCGUGGCCGAGGAACGGAGCGGCCACUGCGCCGUGGUGGAUGGGAACUUUCUCUAUGUGUGGGGGGGAUACGUGUCAAUUGAAGAAAAUGAAGUGUAUUUGCCUAAUGAUGAGCUUUGGCUCUAUGAAAUUGAUAGUGGGUUAUGGACAAUGCACCUAAUGGAAGGAGAGCUACCUACUUCUAUGUCAGGAAGUUGUGGAGCUUGCAUUAAUGGGAAGCUGUAUAUAUUUGGCGGAUUUGAUGAUAAAGGAUACAGUAAUCGGCUGUAUUAUGUUAAUUUGCGAACAAGAAAUGGAACCUAUAGAUGGAAAAAAAUUACAGACUUUAAAGGUCAACCUCCUACACCACGUGACAAGCUUUCCUGUUGGGUGUAUAAGGACAGAUUAAUAUAUUUUGGUGGUUAUGGAUGUAGGAAACACAAUGAACUGAGUGAUUGUUUUGAUGUUCAUGAUGCAUUUUGGGAAGGGCAGAUAUUUUGGGGAUGGCAUAACGAUGUUCAUGCUUUUGAUACAAACACACAAACUUGGUUUCAACCAACAAUUAGAGGUGGAGUUCCACCUCAGCCUCGAGCAGCUCAUACAUGUGCUUUGCUGGGAAAUAAGGGUUACAUCUUUGGAGGACGAGUGCUGCAAACUAGAAUGAAUGAUUUGCACUGUCUGAAUUUAGACACUUGGAUUUGGUCUGGAAGAAUUCAUAUUAGUGGAGAGAAACCAAAAGAUCGAUCGUGGCACACUUUGACUCCUAUAGCAGAUGAUAAACUUUUCCUAUUUGGUGGACUGAGUUCAGAUAAUGUUCCUCUAAGUGAUGGUUGGAUUCAUAGUGUCACAACAAAUGGAUGGAAACAACUUACCCACUUACCUAAGAGUAGGCCUAGGUUGUGGCACACAGCCUGUCUUGGCACAGAAGGAGAAGUGAUGAUCUUUGGUGGGAGCAAAGAUGACUUGCAUUUCUUGGACACAGGUCACUGCAGUGAUUUAUUGAUUUUUCAAACUCAACCUUACUCACUUCUCAGAUUGUGCCUUGACUGCAUUGGUAAAAAUGCCAGCCUUUUAAAGAAUCAAAUAUCCUGGUUACCAUCCAAAAUUUUGCCACAAGUGUUGAAAAAAAUAACCUUUUGGGCUGCAGCUAACCAUCGGCAAGAGAAAAAAGCUGAAAUUGAAAGACAAGAGCAAAUAAAUGUCACCUGAACAAGGACAAAAAAGAUAUUGACCACUAUAUGUAUUUAUAGUGAACAGCAAAGAUUUUUGUUAGUGAUUGUUUACUAGCAGUAUACAUAAGGUAUUUGGUAGGCUGAGUUUCUACAAAAAAAUCCUUUUUGUUUCCUGAGGUAUUGAAAAGAGUGAAAACUAAAUAUUCUAUGUUGUAAUAACACCACUUGAGGUUGCAGAAAUUAACUUCUGCUCUUAUGGUCUUGGUAAGUGACUUCAUAAAAAGUACUCUUUUGGAAAGGAACAGAAGACACAGAACUUUUUCAGAUGCAUAAAAAUUUCUCUUUCUGAUUUAAAAUCUUAUUUCCAGUUUUGUCACAUCAGCACUUGCUGAUGAAGACAAAAUGAGUUUGACACAGUAUCCCUGUUAAUUUAACUCUUGUUAAUAUGAUUAUAAUUGCAAAUCCUUUUGUUUGAUUUAUUUCCUUUAACAGCAGCAUAUGAAAGUUUGAUUAUUGAUAUUGGGAGGUAACCAUCCUACACAAAAGCAGAACAACCAACACGCUGGCUAACUGUGGAACUUUAAAAGUAAAAAAAAAAAAAAAAGAUAUUAAGCUAAAUAAUUUUGUAUGUGAAAAUUCAAAUGCAGUUCAUAACAUUGUUUUACUGUAAUUCUCUAAUCAAUGACAUUUUUUCAAAAUAGAUUUUAUAUAUAUUUUAUUUUGAAUGUAUAAAGUUUAUAUUUAAUUUUGGUUCAAAAUAUUUUGUUUAUUUAUUGUAAAAAGCUUAUAUAGAAUUACUAUUUUCCUAUCUGUUUCAGGUAUUUAGUUAGUUGGGACCCAGUCAUUAAAUUUUUAUGUAAACAGUAUAUUUGAAUGUAGACCUAUUCUGAUUAGUUUUUACUAUUUUUUACAAUCUCACUACAAAAUCCUAUGUAAUUAGGAAAGGAGAUUUUGUAGUGAAUGUGUAUCUUAGAAGAAAAUAUAUUAUGACUGAGUAUCACAGUUGAGCCAUAUUUUCCUAUUUUCUUCAACUAAGGAGACAUUUGAUAUUAGCAAAAAAAUUGUGAAGUGGGGAUGUAAAUUGUCCAGGUAUGUGGCCUUUAUGUUAAAAGGGAUUUCCCCACACAAGGAAAUGGUUCAAAUGAUUAAACUGGUCCCAACGACUGUAAAAUUUUCUUAGGUAAAGCAUCCCCUUCUUCCACUUCUUAACAUAUAGCUGGAUUUGCAGCUCUUACCCUGCAGAACAUGGGGCAGUUUCAAAUACAUCCUACCACAAUGUGUAUAUUAAUUACUUCGAUUUUAUUAUGACCCUCAUCCUGCAAAGACUUAUGUGCAUGCUUGACUUCAAGCACGUGAAUAGUCCUAUUGAGUUCAGUGGGAUUACUCACAUGCUUAAAGUUAUGCACAUAUAUGAGUCUUUGAAGGAUCAGGGCCUAUAAGAGCUCUUUAGACCAUCAUUUGAACUGAUCUGAUCAAAUUUGAAGAUAUCACCUCCAGGCUCCACCUCUAUCCUCCAGCUUUUAUGACUGAGUUCAGAAGUGUUGCAAGUCCUUUUCAAAUUGGUUCUUUCACAUACGGAAUUAUAUUUUCCUCAGAUAGGAGUUACGGUUAAGGAUAGAUAUAAUCAUUUUGGAAUUAAUUAUACAUCCUUAAAAGACAGCUUUUUCCAUGAGUAUCUAUAUUAAUGAUACUAGGGACAAUCCCCCCUCAAAUCCACAUGGUGUUCUGCUUCCCCAUAUGUACAGAAUUCACAAUGACAUCAUUGAGAGAUCUACAUGCAUAGAGGAAUACUGAAGUAUUAUUCCUACUGUACAGAUGUGAGAGGAGAAUUUUGUCCAUUGACUUACAGAGGAAAUAGGAUCAAAAUGUUUUGUGGCAAUAUGUAAUCCUUAAUCCGUUUGCUAUAGUUUUGCCACUGCACAUAUGCUGCUGUCAACAUUUAAAAUCAGUGGAAUGUUAGAUGUACAUGGGACAUUCAACAGAACAGCAAGUGCACUUUAUAGGAAUGUUCCUGGGGAACAUUUAGCACUAGGAGAAGUCAAAAUGACUAAUUUCAGACUGUAUGCAGCAGUGGAAAAUUUGUGAUAAUUAUCUUAAUACAAGCAGUUUCGUUUUUAUUACACUUGGGUAAAUGUUCUUAUGUAAAGAAGUUAAUUUAAAAAAAAAAGGUAAAAUACCAGCAAUUUUUUUUAUGGAGACUGUGUUCAGAUUCAGUUAUAGAUAUUAUCAAAAGUGCCUUUAGCACCAUGUUAUGUUUUCAUUAAUGUUUCAGAAUAUCUGCCGUUACUACUUUGUUUACUGUUAUAAACUAGAAUAAAAAUGUGCGUUUUUGACAGACUACAUUGUAAAUCAGUUAUGAUCACAGACUGCAAAAUAUUUUACAAUUCUAUCAUAAGUAACAUGUUUCCA